UUCAUGGUCGUUUUGAAGAAGGCGUCGUGUGGGACCCGAUAAACCUGAUGCUGGGUCCUUACUGCAGGGGCCUGAACUCGACUGAAACUCGGGGCUCUUUGCUGCAGGUCAUCCACUUGUUUCCCCCUCGACUUCUCAUCACGUCAGCUGUUCUUUCAACAACAAAGUCGUCCAAAAGAAAAUAAAUACUGUGUUAAACUGAGAGGGUUUUUAAUACUGAGUCAGUCAGCAACAACAUGUGCUUUAGUUACUAAACAAAAGAACACAUAAAGUUAUCAGGCUUCAUUCGCUGACCUCGUGUCUUCUCUGCGUUGCACUCAAGUGUGUCAGUAUUGACACAUUGUGCACAUCAGCAGGCGCUCAGCUUCGCUGUCUCAUGGAGGUUUAGUGUAACAUGAAUAUAAAAUGACAGCUGCAGAGACUUCACAAAGGAAAGUGUGAUGCAGUCCGCCAGAGGACUACGGAAAUAUUUACUUUGCACUACGACCAAAGUGCACGAGCUGAAACCACACAGGGCCUCAAAACAACGUGUUAGUGACCUGGUUUGGCCAAGCAAGAGACCAGUUCACACUGCAAAGCAGAAUUCAAAGGUGCCAGGCCUAACAGAAUGAGUUGAAGAAGCGGACUUCUUCUUUGGACCGCAGGUCCCAGCACCUCAGAGCUCUUUGUCUUAAACGUUGGACCACACACUUUUGAGGGGGUCUGCUUAAAUGAAAUCAACUUCUUCAACCAUGACAGACUAACUGCUGACUGCUGACCAGUAAACCCUGCGGUAUGAUAGGAAACUCCAGUCUGCUGGCUGCAGUCCUGACUGUCGUGUCAGUGUUGUCACUCAGUUUACUGUCUCUUCUCUGUCUGCGAUGCAAAAGGAAAUCCAAGAUCAUUCAGGAGGACCAUCAAAUCUACAACCAGCAGACAUUCCAGCGGGAGGGGAGCGUGUUUGCUGUGACGCGAUCGAAAACAGUCACCAGAGUCAAUCAGAUAACUUCAGGCGGAACGACACCUCGUGAGGAUUUCCCAGCAGCUUGUGUUGCAGCUGGAGCUGAUGAACAGUCCGAUUAUGGAAAUAUCACAGAUGAGCGUUUGAUGUGUGCUGCAGCUCAUACCGGAUGUCCAGAACACACGUACGUAGCUCCACUCCCGAUUUCGCUGUAUGAGAAUGAAGAGAUAUCCGCUGCUGCUGCGCCUGCAGGCAUCUACGCGAACAUCGACGCGCCGUCCGUGAAAGAUGACGACGACGACUACGAGAACUCUGAAUUCCUGGACAAGGCUGUGGACCCGGAAGACGACGAGCCGGAUUAUGUGAACGAAAACGGAGGCUGUGACUGAUGGGGCCGUCGGCAGCAGAGCACCUCAGCCUCCACACUUCCUGCUGGG